AUGUCGUCAUCGGCCAUCCAGAAAAGAUCUGGUGGACCUUCACAAUUAGCUAACCUGGAGCAGCAAUUGAAAGAGAAUCUAAUGGCGACCACUGAGAACUUUCUAGAAUUAACCAAGUUGGCUGACGUCACGAAUGAAACUAGUUUGCUGAAUAGCAUGGCCAUUGUACAACAAGAACAUCUCGAGAUUCAGGCAAGGACUUUGGCCAUUGUGAGAGCUUGUGAAAAGUUGACGGAGAUAACGGCCCAGCUAAAAACCAUCCUGGUGGUAAAUGACUUUUCUCAAAUCAACAAGUCAGUGGAUGAGCUGAACGUGGAAGCGGCGAAAGAAGCAAAGAGUCUGUGGACGAGGACAGAGAAACACGACGAGAAUGUCAUCAAUAUGUUAAAAAGUGGGGGCUGCUAA